AUGAGUGUUAUUCGAACUUCGAAAUCCGUCGCUAGUCGCCAAAAUAUUUAUUUUCGAACAAAAGAAAAGGGUGUUAUCAUGUCGUUCAAGUGUAAUCGUUGUUUUGAGAAGAAUUUGGAAUGCAGGGUACUUCCGAAUGCCAUUCGUUGCGAUGAGUGCAUUAGGAGUAUAUCUAAUAGUGAUUGUAAUGUGUAUGGUUAUACCUAUGAUCUUCAUACAAUCGAGGCUUUGGAAGAGUUUGAGGCGGAAGAGGAGCGGUUAGAAAAGGAAAGGUUGGAAAAUGAGUGUGUGGAAAGAGAGAGAGAGCAAGCGGUUACAGGUUCCUUGGGGCCUAUUGCCGCUAGUUCGAAUGUGUUGGAUAACUUCGAUCCUUCUUCUUUCCUGAGUCCCUCGGACCCCUUUUCGUUUCAGAAUUCUUCGGGUCCUUUUUGGAGAGAUCCGGAUAGCGUUGGUGAAAUGCCUCCAACUUCUCAGGGCAGCUAA